AAUUGCUUCGCCACUACUUCUGAUAAAAAAAUUUUUGCUGGCGCAAAGGGUCGUUCCCUCUUUUUCUUUGAUGCUUCCACACUAGAAACAUUGGGCGGACCUUUUGAAGUAAGCCGAGAUGUGAUUCAAAGAAUAAACGGUUUAGAGUUUUCACCAGACGACAAGUUUGUAUUUUUUGGACGACUUGACAAAUGGUUUUCUGUUGGACGAAGUUGUGUCAAGGACUUUCGUCAGUUCUCUGAAAACCCUGGUCAUCAUUACUGGGGUCGGAUCCUUUCUAAUGGGCAGCACAUGGUCGUGAAAAGGAACCAUUUUUCAGAUCUACCAGAGACCUGUGAAACGAAAAGGUGUAUAGAAGACAUACUCUCUCUUUGGGCUCUAAAGGAGAUUGACGGGGGCCCAGACAAAGAAUGGACUUGCUCUUUUCGUCAGUUACCAGAGAUGGUAGCCGGGUUCAGUACCAUGGGCAUUGAAACUAGUUCCUUGCUCAGACGUCUGGGUACAAACUUAAUGUCUUGUGAAGUCGAUGCAAUGCACGGGGCAAAUUAUCGUUCUUGUUACUUUUGUGACCAGCUAAAAGAGUUAAAAGAACUAACAGAUCCAAGCAAAGAAACUUCUCUGAAGCAUGUGCGCCAACUGAUCAUCAAACUCUACCGUUGGAUAUUCCGAUAUCAGGUUUGGAACCUAGAGACUGGAAGACCCCUGCUGCAGGACGUAUUUAAUCAAUGUGUUCAAUUCAAUCCAUUUACCUAUUUUUGUCACGUGACCAGCGCUUUUGACAAGUGGGGAAAAGACAUAGGUUGUGGUGGUGUUGAUCAAGUGAUGUCAGUGUGUAAUAUUGCCGUGGUUACUGCUAUUGACACUUUCUUCAGGCUAAGGGUUGAUUGGUCUAAGAGACCAUAUGUGCGAUUGAUUGAGAGGGAGAUGGAGUGGUUGAGAGAGUUUUUGGAGGGGCUGAGGAGUUUAAAGUGCACAGAGACGAGGGAUUGGGUGUUUAAGGAGACUCAUGAGGAGACACUAAAGAAGGACGAUUGGAAAGAGGAGGGGAAGAAGUUGACCCAAAUAGUAUGGUGGAGCCUGGAAUUUAUAUCGAAGCGUGAGUUGAGGAUCGUCCGUGCGAUGGUGGAGCGGGAACUUAUUGAAAUGGUAAAGAGGGGGCUGAAGGAGGUCUGGAAGCUUAAGGUGGACUUCCCUGGGGAGGUGGAGUGGCGACCGGAUAAAAUGAUGGUGAGGAUGCUGAAGAAGCUUUGGAAUCUUAAGGAGAACUUGCCUGGGGAGUGGGACCUGAGGGAAAUGGUAGAGAGGAGGUUAAAUGAGGUCUUGAAGCUUAAGGAGGACUUGCAUGGGGAGGAGGAGAAGAAGUUGAUUGAAAUGCUAGGGGAAAGGCUGAUGGAGGUCUGGAAGCUUGAGGAGGGCUUGCAUGGCGAGGAGGAGAAGAAGUUGAUUGAAAUGGUAGAGAGGGGGCUGAAGGAGGUCUGGAAGCCUAAGGAGGAAUUGCAUGGAAAGGGGGAGAGGAAGUUGAUUGAAAUGGUAGAGAAUAGGCUGAAGGAGGUCUGGAAGCUUGAGGAGGAAUUGCAUGGGAAGGAGGAGAAGAAGUCGAUUGAACUGGUAGAGAAGAGGCUGAAGGAGGUCUCUAAGCUUAAGGAGGAAUUGCAUGGGGAGGAGGAGAAGACGUUGAUUGAAAUGGUAGAGAAGAGGCUGAAGGAGGUCUGGAAGCUUGAGGAGGAAUUGCAUGGGGAGGAGGAGAAGAAGUCGAUUAAAAUGGUAGAGAAGAGGCUGAAGGAGGUCUGGAAGCUUGAGGAGGAAUUGCAUGGGGAGGAGGAGAAGAAGUCGAUUAAAAUGGUAGAGAAGAGGCUGAAGGAGGUCUGGAAGCUUGAGAAGGAAUUGCAUGGGGAGGAGGAGAAGAAGUUGAUUGAAGCGGUAGAGAAGAGACUGAAGGUGGUCCGGAAGCUUAAGGUGGACUUGCAUGGGGAGGAGAAGAAGUUGAUUGAAAUGCUAGGGAAGAGGCUGAAGGUUGUCUGGAAGCCUAAGGAGGUAUUGAAUGGGAAGGAGAUGAAGAAGUUGAUUGAAAUGGUAGAGAGGGGGCUGAAGGAGGUCUGGAAGCUUAAGGAGGAAUUGAAUGGGAAGGAGGAGAGGAAGUUGAUUGAAAUGGUAGAGAAGAGGCUGAAGGAGGUCUGGAAGCUUGAGGAGAAAUUGCAUGGGGAGGAGGAGAAUAAGUCGAUUGAACUGGUAGAGAAGAGGCUGAAGGAGGUCUGGAAGCUUAAGGAGGAAUUGCAGGGGGAGGAGGAGAAGAAAUUGAUUGAAAUGGUAGAGAAGAGGCUGAAGGAGGUCUGGAAGCUUGAGGAGGAAUUGCAUGGGAAGGAGGAGAUGAAGUUGGGUGAAAUGGCAGAGAAGAGGCUGAAGGAGGUGUGGAAGCUUGAGGAGGAAUUUCAUAGGGAGGAGGAAGUGACUGAAAAGAUAGAGAAGAUGCUGAAGGAGGAAUGGAAGCUUGCGGAGAAAUUGAAGAGAAUUGGGGAGAAGGAGAAGAAGGCGAUUGAACAGGUAGAGGAGAAUCUGAAGGACGUCUGGGAACUUAAGGAGCAAUUGCAUGCGGAGGAGGAGAAGAGGUUGAUUGAAAUGGUAGAGAAGAGGCUGAAGGAGGUCUGGAAGCUAAAGGAGGAAUUGCAUGGGGAGGAGAAGAAGUUGAUUGAAAUGGUAGAGAAGAGACUGAAGGAGGUCUGGAAGCUUAAGGAGGAAUUGCAUGGGGAGGAGGAGAAGAAGUCGAUUGAACUGGUAGAGAAGAGGCUGAAGGAGGUCUGGAAGCUUAAGGAGGAAUUGCAUGGGGAGGAGGAGAAGAAGUUGAUUGAAAUGGUAGAGAAGAGGCUGAAGGAGUUCUGGAAGUCUGAGGAGGAAUUGCAUGGGGAGGAGAAGAAGAAGUUGAUUGAAAUGGUAGAGAAGAGGCUGAAGGAGGUCUGGAAGUCUGAGGAGGAAUUGCAUGGGGAGGAGGAGAAGAAGUUGAUUGAAAUGGUAGAGAAGAGGCUGAAGGAGGUCUGGAAGCUUGAGGAGGACUUGCAUGGGGAGGAGGAGAAGAAGUUGAUUGAAAUGCUAGGGAGGAGGCUGAAGGUUGUCUGCAAGCCUAAGGAGGAAUUGCAUGGGAAGGAGGAGAAGAACUUGACUGAAAUGGUAGAGAGGGGGCUGAAGGAGGUCUGCAAGCGUAAAAAGGAAUUGUAUGGGAAGGUGGAGUUGAAAGCCAUGGGGCUAAAGGAGGACUUAUGCCAGAUGUUGGAUGAACUGUUUUCUGGCUUGUGGCAGCUAAUUUGUGAGUGGACGUUGCAGCUUGACCUUGAACUCUUUUGUGAUUCAUUCAAGCGUGAUGUUUUUCUUAACUUUCCUUUUCGAAAAGAACUAGAACAGCCGUUACUAUAAAGAGUAACAAACAGUGGGUCUUAAAUGUGGAUGGCUAUUAGCAGGGGGAUGGAAGAAAUACAUUUGCGGCGAACAAGUUUUCAAGAUCAAGAUUCUUACGAUUACAGUUCUGAAAAGCAGGAAUACAGAUUCACCCAAACAAAGUACCUGACCUUUACUUAUGAUGAUCUCUAUGUUGUGUUUUUGUCUCAUGAAAAGUUACUACAUGCCUUAUCUCUCCAGACAGGUACUAUUUUCACCAGUGUGUCCGGACGUAACUGUUGUUAUUUUACAAGAGAGAGGCGAGUUGGUUAUUUGUUCCGCAGCGGAACUGAAGAAAGAGCCAUCUUUUUGUCUAGUUUACUUAACCCUUGCAAGUUUUUUUCUGUCUUACCUGGACAAGAUGGAGAGGUAGGAGAGACGACUGCCGCGAUAUUCUCUUCAAGUGAUACUGUGAAGUCUAUUAGUUCAGAAUCACUGAUUACGUCGUGGCGACUGUUAGAUCACAACCUUGGCUUCUCCUUCGAAAGAUUUUCCGAAUCAAGCUCAGCCGGAUCUCGCUCGCAGGUGAUCAAGAUACAGAACUGCGUUUUCUCAAUAGAUGGAAAAUUACUUGCUUUUCAGCAACACACCCAAAUAAAACAAUGCCUUGUUGAGGACUUUGAGAAGUCUCAGUGUAUAGUAUUUGAAGCAGACUUAAGUGUCACAGAUUUGUGCCUGACAUUCUCAUUAGACGGCGUCUUUCUUCUCUUCAGUAUCCGGGAUAACUGCAGUGGCCAGCAUUUCUAUGUGUGGCAUGUUCAAGAGAAAGUUUUGUCAAAAUCAUUUUCUUCACCGUGUUUGCUCUCUAUCGACAGUUUUUGUCUUUCUUCGGAUAACAGAAAUCUUAUCUUGUGUGGCGACGAGUAUGAGAUUGAGAUCUGGGAAUUCAGCUUGUAUCCGCUCCACUUACUUAAGAGAAUUUGUGUGGAGAGAUCCUUCAACCCAGUGAAAUUCAGUCAUUGCGCUGUUUCACAAGACACCGAGCUGUUAGUGUGUUGCCUCGCAAACGUAAUCUUUGUAUACAGUCUUCAGGUUGCUGAUAUCCACUCCUCUAAGCGGGUUCUCCGUGGCCAUGUUGGUAAAAUUGAGUUUUGCAAGUUUUUGAAAAGGAACCGUUAUCUUAUUUCCUAUGCUGUUGAUGGAAUGGUUUUCCUGUGGGAUAUUUCUGAGUCUAAAGCUAUUGGAUUUGCGCGAAUUGCAAAAGGGCGGGAAAAAAUCAUCUGUAUGGCUGUGUCACCUGAUGAGGACCGAGCUGUUUGUUUUAUAUCUCCAAGCCGGGUAUGCGUA